AUGGCCCGCCAUGGGAAGUUUAAGGCCCGUACCAGGCGGGCACCAGUGGGCAGAGACCCAUCGCCACCCCAGUUUACCAUGCAGCAAGAAGCUCGGAACACUGAAAGCCACCAGCGAUCAUGGUCAAAUGCCCUCCGCCACAAGGCCGUCAAUUUCGUGAGCGCAGGAAGUCUGGAACCAACCCUGGAACAGGAAGAUGAGGACCAGAAGUCCACCAGAGACGCAUCAGAACUAAUGACCGACAAUCCACUCGACCAUAGGGUAGAUGAUCCCGAGGUCCCCUUCUUUUUUGAUUCACAAGGGCAUGAAGUUGCCAACACGGGGCACCCGAACCCAACACUGCGAGUUGAAUUGUCAGAUUCCGACGACUCGAGCGAAGACGAAGUUGUGUUCACUGGUCGGAGGAAGAACACCAAACCCGUUGUUAUUGAAACAAACCAGCAAGAGAUUCAAGGGAUGGUGCAGCCAGCCGCUGCUGAAUUGUCCCAAACAUUAUCUAGACUGGUGGUUGAACCUGAACACCGUGACCUGCCACCCGUUGCCAACGACGAAGACGACGCAGAAUCCAACACAGACAAACCAAACUGGCCACCAGAAACAGACAUCGAUCCAGUCGCCGACUACAUCGCCAACAUAGACAGCGAAUACUAUGCAGAAAUUAUCAAGGGAACAAGCGCCGAUCUCCAGGAGGGCAUUGACGUUGAAAAAGCUGCGACGCAGCUGGACCUGUCGGCCUCUAGCCCCGCUGGCUUUCAGAGAGAGCCCCCAAGAUCAUUACCCGCAGACAAUCAAACCAAUACAUACACGGCCGAGGGCUCAGUGGAUGUGCUGGCUCAAAUGCAUUUUGACACAGAACAAGAAUCAGGCGCGACAUCGAGUGGAACUGACCAGGAUGAAAAGGAUAUCUUCGAUGAUUUGAAUUCUGAUGAUGAUUUGGAUGAUUUUAUACUGCUCGAGGACCUAGCGACCGGGUACUCCAAGUCAGGUAAGAAAGGCGCCCGGUCUGGAAAGCCCUCAUUCCCUUCAGCAUCGGCAUUCGCAGAUGCCCUUGACUCCGAUCCUUACUUUGGGUUUGAUAUCAUGGACUUUGAUCGACCGAGCCUGCGGAAAAAGCCCAAGGGCAAGCAAGCCGUCCCUGAGCUGGUGCUAUCCGACAGUGAAUUUGAGAUUGAGCUACAAGAAGCCUGGCAAAACGACAGAAGGAAAAAGAAACUGAGAAAGAAGGAGCGAGAAGAACUGCGAGCGCAGGGAUUACUUGGCAGAAAAUCAGGGAAUCCAGACCUCAAAGCCAAGUAUUCCAAGGAGAUGAAUAUGGAGCAGUUCAUGAACGAACUACGAUCGUUUCUCCUGUCUCCCAAAAACGGCCUGGCAUUGCCACCCAUGACCAAACAACGCAGAAAGCUGAUACACGAGUUGGCCAAUGCACUGAAUUUGAAAUCACAGUCACGCGGUCAUGGAAUGGAUCGGUUCCCUGUUCUCAACAAGACCGCGCGUACUCCUGCAUACACCCCCAAAACCAUUUCCAACGUCGACGAUCUCUUGUCUGGGAGGAAGUUCAACCGCCGGCUGUUCAGAUCAUGGGGCACAGACCCACCAAAAUCCUUCAAAACUAAACGAUCUGGGGGAGCUGCAACCUAUAUGGAAGGCGAUGUGGUUGGCGCCUCUGCCCCGGAAAUUGGAGCCGGAAACCGAGGCCGCGCCAUGCUGGAGAAGAUGGGAUGGAGUACAGGUACUGCCCUCGGAGCUUCCAACAACAAGGGCAUCCUACAGCCCGUUGCCCAUGUUGUCAAAAACUCCCGGGCCGGGUUAGGCUAA